GAGCCCGGGGGUGCGGGGGGCGGCGCGUUGCCUGGCGGCCGCGGGGCCGCUGUGCGUCCGCUCCGCGUAGCGCCCUAUGGAGAAGGGCCAGCGGAACGCCAUCGUAUUUAACGCUUCCAAAGGGGAAGCCUUCACUCCGGCCAGCAGCUACAAGGCCUGGAGGAAGAGGCUCCGAGGGAACUGGAAGAUCUUGAGCUUAAAGGAUGAGAUCACGUCUGAGAAGCUCUUUGGGGUGAAGCUGUGGAUCACAGCUGGACCAAGAGAAAAGUUCAGUGCUACUGAGUUUUCAGUUCUGAAGAAAUUCCUGGAGGAUGGUGGAGCCAUCCUGGUGAUGUUAAGAGAAGGUGGAGAGUCCAGAUCUGGCACAAACAUCAACUUUUUGUUAGAAGAAUAUGGGAUCGUUUUCAAUAACGAUGCUGUUGUACGAAAUGUAUAUUACAAGUACUACCACCCAAAAGAAGCACUGAUCUCUGAUGGAGUUUUGAACAGGGGAGUCAGCGAAGCUGCAAGAAAAACAGUGCUUGAGACAACAAGUGAAGAUGGGAAUGGCCAUGACUCACAAGCUCUCACUUUUGUGUAUCCAUUUGGUGCCACACUGAAUGUGAUGAGACCAGCAGUGGCUGUUCUGUCAACAGGAUCUGUUUGCUUCCCUCUCAACCGGCCUGUUCUUGCGUUCUAUCAGCACGAGCUUGCAGAAAUUGUAGACAAAAAGAUAGAAGAUGAAGCCAGAAACAGAGAUUCUUUCUCAGGCAGAGCAGAGAAACGAACCAGAAGGAGAACAGAAUUUAUUGAAGCAAAGAAGAGAUACAGUAAAGAACAGCAACAAAAGUUGAAGGAGUGGAAAAGUCAAGGUGGAAAGAUAGCAGCACUGGGAUCUUGCCACAUGUUCAGUGAUCAAUAUUUAGAUAAAGAAGAAAAUGGUAAGAUCAUGGAUGUACUUUUCCAGUGGCUCACAACAUCAGAUAUUCAUUUAAACCAGAUGGAUAUGGAAGACCCCGAGAUCUCAGACUAUACCUUGCUCCCAGAUACAGCUGCACUAUCUGAACAACUGCGAGUCUGCCUGCAAGAAGGAGAUGAGAACCCAAGAGACUUCACAAAGCUGUUUGAUACAUCCCUGUAUCAGCUGGACACAACCGCCCUCCCUUCAGUUAUCAAAGCUUAUGAACAGUUGAAUGUGAAGCAUGAACCUCUCCAGCUCAUUCAGCCUCAAUUUGAGACUCCACUACCUGCCUUGCAGCCAGCUGUUUUUCCACCUGCUUUCAGAGAGUUGCCUCCUCCUCCUCUGGAGCUGUUUGACUUGGAUGAAACAUUUUCCUCUGAGAAAGCUCGUCUUGCAGAGAUUACAAACAAAUGUACUGAUGAUGACCUGGAGUUUUAUGUACGAAAGUGUGGCGAUAUCCUAGGAGUAACAAGUAAACUCCCAAAGGAGAAGCAGGAUGCCAAACAUAUUCUGGAGCACAUCUUCUUCCAAGUGGUUGAAUUUAAGAAACUCAAUCAGGAACACGAUACUGACACAAGUGAAGCUGGAUUCCAGAAUGAUAACUGAGCCCUGGCUUUCCCCUGAUGGAAGAUGGACCUAUUGAAAAUGUACUUAGCAAUUUCUCUUCAACCUUUGUGUUCAGUUCAAUGAUUGAGACUGAGUAUUUCACUGACUGUGUGGAUCAGUUACACAUAGUGAUUGGGAUAAUUAAUGCCUUCUGAGGGAAGUGUUUGUAUUUUCCAGAUAACUUCCUAUUUUUCUAUUUUAUUGAAACUGUAAUUUUGUUUUAUAUAUAUAUAUAUGUAUAUCUUAUGCUAAGAAAAUGUAAGUUUGCUCCUUUCUUGCUCUGGUAUUUUUCUUCUUGUAAGACUUACUGUGGGCCCUUUUGGCAUACAUCUAGUCCUUAAUUGCACUAUGAGAAAGAUCAUUAUUUUAGUUGGUGAACUGGAGUAAGAAAAUACAGCAAUAAAUAUAGGAGAUGCUGAAAAUACAUUGCUGUAUCACCACAAGGCAUCUCCUUUUUGGAUCUCUGCAAUAAUGAACCAAGGCGAGGGGGGUUUGUAACUGUAGGAACAGAAGGUUUCUUCCCUGGGAGGGGAAGAGAUGAAUUCAAAUAGUAGGAAAGGCUGAUACUGUGCAGGAAACUCAGGGAGACAUUCAAGUAGGUAUUGCACAGAAAUGGAAACACAUGGAAUUCAUCAUCCAUUAAAUACUGAAGCUCGAUGCACAGUGAAAAUACAGCCAUGGGUAUAAGCAGCGUGAGGAACAGAUUUGUCACAAUCAUUGAUGCUGUGUGUCAUUUUUAACAACACUUUGAGAUUGCACUUUGAUAUCCAAAGAGUUCUGUGUUUCAUCAGGCACCUGGACUGUAAAACUUGAUUUUUCCCCCACUCAAGCAUUCUAUAAGGCCUUUGUGACACCUGUGCCUUAUCUUUAUCCUCCAUGUUAUUCAAUGUAAAAGCUGCUUCUUUUCCAAAAGGUUUGUCUUACCUUCCCCCCCACCCCCAAAAUAAACCCCAUUUUACAUUGUUUCAUGUUUAGGAUGCUUUCCUAAGGCUGGUUUCCCAAUGUACCUACCAAGGUACUAACCAGCUGAGACGUGCCAAUAUAAUACUGGCAGAAAGGGUUAUACUUUACAGACAAUCCUUUACCAUUAGCAGCAUGUUUCAGAGUUUUCAUUUCUUCCUCUUUCAUUUCUUCCUCUUCAAUAACAGGGCUGUGCUUUUCACUCACAGCAGCACUUCUCCGGAUUUACAUAAUAAGUCUUAUCUUCCCCCCACACUAUCAAUACCAGUCAGUCAACCAACACAGACUACAGCUGAACCAAACAACUGCGUGACCUUCGUGUUAAUUAUAGAUGUGGUCUGUACUGUUCUUUGGUGUUUAGACUGCAAACUGUAAAUACAUUCUCUUUGUGUCCCUUUUCGGAGUUGUUUUUGUCACCUGUUCCUGAUGCUGUAACAUGAUUUUUAGAAACAA